UUGAUGUCGACUACGACAAUGGAACAGUCAAUGUGCCUUCUAGCAGCAAACACAGUAAGGAAGAAGUGAGAGAACUUAAGCUGACGAUAUUACAGCUUAAAGCAAAGCUGGAUUUUAAGGAGAAAGUCAUUUCGAUUCAGAAAAGAUCGCUUCGCGUCAAGGAAAACCAAGUAUUGUUGCUGCGAAGCAAACUGAAAUUGAGGAAAACAAAUAAGUCGAACAUAAUGCAGAGCAUACGGAAAGUUUUCCACGAAGACAGUGAUAAAGAAAAGGUCUUGUUCUUCGAUAUGCAAUUAAAAAAUGCUGGCAAACGUUAAAAUGCUCGACGAUACAGUGCAGAUGAGAAGAGCCUGUGUCUAGCUAUUUACAAACAAAGUCCAAAAACAUAUCGCAACACACUUGCACGAUAUUUCCAUUUACCGAGCAAACGUACACUCGGUAGACACAGUGCCAAAAUGAUGUUCGAAUCUGGUAUCAACGGUAAAUACUUCAAAUAUCUUGGACAUGCCGUACAAAGCAUGAAUGAAAUCGACAAGAACUGUAUUCUUGUGUGGGAUGAGAUGGCCCUUACUCCUCAUAUUGACUACAGUCCGAACAGAGAUGUCAUCGACGGUUUCGUGGAAAUGAUAUUAAUGAGAAGGCCCAGUUUUGCUACGCACGCCCUGGUUUUCAUGGCAAGAGGAAUUAAUCGACAGUACAAACAGCCGUUAUCGUACUUUUACACGGACGGCCUUAAACAUUUUGAACUGGUUGAAAUGGUGAAGCUUGUUGGCGUUGCGGUUCUUGAUGCAGGUUUAAAGAUCUUGGCCUCAGUGUGUGACCAGUGUCAAACAAACGUGUCUACGAUUAAUGCAUUGAUGAGAUCAAACCCCGAAACAGCGACCAAUGGUGGAGUUAAUCGCGGCCAAUUGUUAUCGUACAAAUUAAGAGAUACCACCGUAAUCCAUGUUUUUGAUGUGCCUCAUCUACUUAAAGGCACGCGAAAUAAUUUGCAAACGAAGGUGCUUAAACAUUUUGUUUCCAAACGAUGGAGUAGCACCGAACGAAAUUCAACAAACAGUGUAAAGAAAUCGCUAGAACUGACAGCUACAUGGAAAGAUAUUUCGGAAACUUAUGAUUGCAGUUUGAAAGGAAGCGGACAGCUUUUGAAAAAGAUCACCCCGGAACACAUUGAGCCCCAUAAAUUGAAGAUGAAAGUUUCCACGGCUGCGCAAGUUUUCAGUGCAACCUACGGAAAGGUCAUGAUGGACUUCUCUGAAAGCGUAUAUUUAAAACGAGACCUCACUGGCACAGCUAAUGCUUUGUUCUUCUUUAAUGACCUCUUUGAUAGCUUAAACGGAUCAAGUUUAACAGUCAAUCAAUUAAAGUCCCCCGUCACUAAAAAUUCUCAUCACUUCCAAUUUUGGGAUUACGCUCUGAACAUGCUUUCAAAAAUGAGAUUUAUUGAUCCAGCAACAGGCGAAGCCAGCAACAGAACAAAAAAUUUGCAAAACUGGGAAUCCACUAUUCGCGGAUAUUAUGAGCUAUCAAAAAAGUGUUUGGAUUUAGGUAUUAUGGAGAUCGCGUUGAGGUACUGUGUUUAGGCUUUAUUUUCGGGUUGUUCUGAAUGUAAUUACUUACUUAUAUAGCUAUUAUGGGACCAAGUCACAAUGACUUUUAUGUUAUUACUUAGAAGGAAUUAUUGUUAAGAAAAAAAAAUAAAAUAAAAAAAUUUUGGGACUGAGUAGUCCUCAAUG